CGGGGGCGGGGUUACUCUCUGCGCCUAGUUCCAAUAUGGCGAGUGGCGGCGGCGGCGGCGGUCCCGGGGCCGGGGCCGGGGCCGGAGGCCGAGGGAUGAGCGGCGCCCGUUGGGGCCGCGCGGGCCCCACCGCACAAGAGAAGCUGCCCGUGCACGUAGAGGAUGCCCUCUCCUAUCUGGAUCAAGUGAAGAUCCGAUUUGGAAGCGACCCUGCCACCUACAAUGGCUUCCUAGAGAUCAUGAAAGAAUUCAAGAGCCAAAGCAUUGAUACUCCUGGCGUCAUCAGGCGAGUGUCUCAGCUCUUCCAUGAACACCCUGACCUCAUUGUUGGAUUCAACGCUUUCCUUCCUCUGGGAUACAGGAUAGAAAUCCCAAAGAAUGGCAAGUUAAGCAUUCAGGCCCCGUUGACAAGUCAGGAAAAUUCUCACCAUCACAGUGACUCCGCAGAUGACUACAAGCAGCAGCUGCUAUAUAAGGAAGACAAACCUCAGGGGCCCUUGGAAUCUGACUCUGUGGAAUUCAACAAUGCUAUAAGCUAUGUGAAUAAGAUCAAAACCCGUUUUCUUGACCACCCAGAAAUCUACAGAUCAUUCUUAGAGAUAUUGCACACUUACCAGAAAGAACAGCUGAGCACUAAAGGACGCCCUUUCCGGGGCAUGUCAGAGGAAGAAGUAUUUACUGAGGUAGCUAAUCUCUUCAGGGGACAGGAGGACCUACUUUCAGAAUUUGGACAGUUCCUUCCAGAGGCUAAAAGGUCUUUGUUCACAGGAAAUGGACCAUGUGAAAUGAAUAGUGUUCAGAAAAUUGAACAUGAAAAGAAUCUGGAACACAGCAAAAAAAGGUCUAGGCCUUUACUCCUUCGUCCUGUCACUGGCCCAGCCAAGAAGAAAAUGAAAUUGCGAGGGACCAAAGAUCUGUCUGUUGCAGCUGUGGGAAAAUAUGGAACUUUGCAAGAAUUCUCUUUCUUUGAUAAGGUACGCCGAGUACUCAAAAGCCAAGAAGUCUAUGAAAAUUUCCUUCGCUGCAUUGCUCUUUUCAAUCAGGAGUUGGUGUCUGGAUCAGAGCUCCUACAACUGGUCACCCCUUUCUUAGGAAAAUUUCCAGAACUCUUCGCCCAAUUCAAGUCCUUCUUGGGAGUAAAAGAGCUUUCGUUUGCACCACCCAUGAGUGAUCGUUCGGGGGAUGGAAUUGGUCGGGAAAUUGACUACGCAUCUUGCAAGCGCAUAGGAUCUAGUUACCGGGCACUCCCCAAAACUUACCAACAGCCAAAGUGCAGUGGCAGGACAGCCAUAUGCAAGGAGGUUUUAAAUGAUACCUGGGUAUCCUUUCCAUCCUGGUCUGAAGACUCCACAUUUGUCAGUUCAAAAAAAACUCCUUAUGAGGAGCAGCUUCACCGCUGUGAAGAUGAACGGUUUGAGUUAGAUGUUGUCUUGGAGACCAACCUUGCCACCAUCCGGGUUUUGGAGAGUGUGCAGAAAAAACUCUCUAGAAUGUCUCCAGAAGAUCAGGAGAAAUUCCGAUUGGAUGACUGCUUGGGAGGAACUUCUGAAGUUAUCCAAAGGAGAGCUAUCUACCGAAUUUAUGGUGAUAAAGCCCCAGAAAUUAUUGAAAGUCUGAAGAAGAAUCCAGUAACUGCUGUUCCCGUGGUUCUGAAAAGACUAAAAGCAAAAGAGGAAGAAUGGAGAGAAGCCCAGCAGGGCUUCAAUAAAAUCUGGAGGGAGCAGUAUGAGAAGGCUUAUUUAAAAUCUCUUGACCAUCAGGCUGUUAAUUUUAAGCAAAAUGAUACUAAAGCCCUUCGAUCAAAAAGCUUGCUGAAUGAAAUUGAAAGUGUUUAUGAUGAGCAUCAGGAACAACAUUCAGAAGGCCGGAGUGCCCCCACGAAUGAGCCCCACCUUAUUUUUGUGUAUGAAGACAAGCAGAUAUUAGAGGAUGCAGCUUCCCUCAUCAGCUAUUACGUGAAGAGGCAGCCAACAAUCCAGAAGGAAGACCAGGGCACCAUCCAGCAGAUAGUACACCAUUUUGUGCCCAGCUUGUUCUUCUCCCAGCUCUCAGAUCUCGGUAUUUCUGAAGAGUCAACAGAUGAAGACCGAGAACAUAGUCAGGGACAGAAUCUGGAUACCACUGACCUUUGGAAAAAAUCAGCGUCUCUCCCACAGAAUAGCCCCCCAGAUGAAAAAGCUGGCUUGUGUGCUGCAACAGUGCCAGAGCAGCCUGGAGCCCUGGAUGAUGUUUACAGCCUCUUUUUUGCCAACAAUAACUGGUAUUUUUUCCUACGCCUUCAUCAGACUCUGUGUUCAAGACUCUUAAAGAUUUACCGACAGGCCCAGAAACAGCUCUUAGAAUAUCGGACUGAGAAGGAGAGAGAGAAACUUCUUUGUGAAGGGAGGAAGGAGAAAUCCAAUGAUCCUGCGAUGGAACUGAGGCUAAAGCAGCCAAGUGAAGUAGAACUGGAAGAAUAUUACCCAGCAUUUUUGGACAUGGUAAGGAGUUUACUAGAGGGCAAUAUUGAUCCCACACAGUAUGAGGACACCCUUCGGGAGAUGUUCACCAUUCAUGCCUACAUUGGCUUCACUAUGGACAAGCUGGUACAGAACAUUGUGAGGCAGCUUCAUCACCUGGUGAGCGAUGACAUUUGUUUAAAAGUGGUGGAGCUCUACCUUAAUGAGAAGAAGCGAGGUGCGGCGGGAGGGAAUUUGUCCUCCCGCUGUGUCCGUGCAGCCAAAGAGACGAGUUACCAGUGGAAGGCAGAGCGGUGCAUGGCGGAUGAGAACUGCUUUAAGGUGAUGUUUCUUCAGAGGAAAGGGCAGGUGAUAAUGACCAUUGAGUUGUUGGACACAGAAGAGGCACAGACAGAAGAUCCUGUGGAAGUCCAGCACUUAGCCAAUUACAUGGAGCAGUAUGUGGGCACAGAGGGAGCACCGAAUCCACCAAAUGAUGGCUUCCUUUUGAAACCUGUUUUUCUGCAAAGAAACCUCAAGAAAUUUCGCCAGUGGCAAAGCAAGCAGGUUCGAGCCCUCCGCAGUGAAGUGAAGAGCUCCUGGAAGAGACUCGUUGGUGUGGAGAGCGCCUGCAAUGUUGACUGCCGCUUCAAGCUCACCACCCACAAGAUGGUGUUUAUCAUGAACUCGGAGGACUACAUGUACCGUCGGGGGACACUCUGCCGGGCUCAGCAGGUACAGCCGGUUGUCCUGUUGAAGCACCACCAGCAGUUUGAAGAGUGGCACAGCCGCUGGCUGGAGGACAACGUCACCUCAGAGGCCGCAGAGCUGGUCCAGGACUGGUUGAUGGGAGAGGAGGAUGAGGACAUGGUGCCAUGUAAAACGACCUGUGAGACGGUGACCAUUCACGGCCUCCCUGUGACUCGGUACCGGGUGCAGUACAGCCGCCGCCCUGCUUCUCCCUGACUGUUCCAUGAAGGGAAGAUGGUGCUGAAAGCUGUCCUGAUGCUUGGACUCUUGAAAAGAGUGAUGGGAAUGCAAUGUGUGUAUUAAUGAUAUUUAUCAUAAUGGCAUUUUAUCCAUGAUUGGUUAUUAUGUAUUUUCAUAUGGAACAUAGUUGUCUCCUUACAGUAUCACCCUAUAUUUUCACUCCUGGAUUUAAAGUGAGCAGAUUGCAGAUUUCUCUGAGAUUCAGUUCUUUAGUCUCAGAUCUAUCCAAAACUGACUCUAGGAGACUCUGUGCAGCUUUGAAGUUGGUCUCAUUGGGUCUCAGGAAGAGUAAGAUUGGACCGGUGUCUCCUUCCAGUUGGGCCUGACUAGCCAUAUGGCAUCCAUGGGGUCUUCCCUUGGCUGCUGCUUUCCUUAUUCUAAACCACCUGUCAGGUUGUAUCCUGUGCCAAACCUGCAUAGCUUCCCCAUUUAAAAUCUCUGGCUGGACAAGCACUUAUCCCCUGGUCACUGAUGAAAAAGGCAAGACUUAGGUUGUUGAUGAACACAUUUGCAGUUGUUGCUUCUACGUUGGAGAUGCCAAAUCUCAAGAGAAUGUGUAAGAAAGGGCCUUUAUAAAAUGGCUGAAUGUUUGGAGACCUGGAACUUAUAUGGAACACUCGCUUUGGAAAUGGCCAAAUUUGUUGAUAGACUAAAUGGUACUGGCCAUGCUCUAUUUGUUAGAGACCCUUGGGGUCCCUGGCUGAGAAACCCUUUCUAUAUAGAAGGACCUGAACUUUAUUUGUUGCCAUCUCAGAUGGACCCCCAUUGUUUAUUACCCAGAAGUUUGCAAUCACAGAAGUAUUGCCCAGAAAAGUCUCUGAAGUCUUGGGUUUGCUCCAUUGGAUUUUAUAAGGCUGUAGCUGGCUACCACUUAGUCCACAGAAGCAUUUGAUCACUUGGAAAGUGAGAGGAGUGCUUUUCAGUUAAACUGAUAUCCUACAGGAACAAGAAUGAGCUACAGCUGAAACCUUAGAGCCUCCGUUACCAUCAUUCUGGACCAAGUGGCAGAUGCCAAUAUUGGCCCUGAAAGAUGGAGAGGCCAGCCCAGGUUAGGUUAGUUUCAUUUGAAACACUAACCCAUUAACUGAUAUGCUGCCAUGAAAAACUAAAUUUAAAGCCCUGAAAGGGAGGAAAGUGGGAGCACCAGGAGCAUGGAGUGCCUGAUUCCACCCCACCUGCUCCUCUUCCUCAAUGUUGGGGAGGCUCUUCUGAGAUUGCAGUUGUAUACAUAAGCAAAGCUAUAGAAAUGUUUAUUUAUUAUUUUGUGCUAUAUUUUAUGGUUGUUACUUCUAUAGAAAUCAGGACAAGAAUCCUCCCUGGAGGGUAGAUGCUACAUUUUUUCCCUCUGUAUCCGUUGGCUCUUACUCCAGGGCUGGAUGACAGCCACCCGUGAGGAGCACUAACAUCAGCGGGACCAUUUGUGGCAGAACUGAAGUCCCUGGCCUGGUCUGUCCCCAGGCUUCUCCUCUCUGCUCUGAGAAGAAUGAAGUGAUGGAGAAGCAAGGCUGGUCCUUGUGCACUGGCAGCAGAUCUGAUAUCCUCAGAAUUCAAAUGCCUGCCAAUGAAAGGAUGGACUUGAGAUGAUGACUAUGUCUUUGCAAGCCCCAGGCUUGUUUGAGUCAUGAACAGAAACUAAUCAGCUGGGUGCUGGUCAUAGAAUGACCAGUACUUCUUUCAUCAGUUCACAAAUGCACCUCAAUCUUGUUCUUCAGUUCUCUGCGCCUCCUGUUGCAGGAACAACCAAUUGUGCCAAACUUUAUUAGGAAUUUAAAAACAGAUAAACAUUGGUUAGAGGUAUCCUAGGUUGCAACUCUUGGCUUCAGAUGCCUUUAAUUCUAGGCCCCUAGCGCCAUGGAGGCCGCUGCAUCUACGCACACUGCCCAGUCUUCUGCCACUGUCUUUUUAAGUAAACUUCAGAUCUUUGGAGACAUCUUCUUUUCUAAGCAACUUAAUUUAUAAUCUGUACUCAAGAAGUUUCCUAGGCCACUCAGUGGCCAUCAGCCCUUCUAAGCACCUGCUUUUCGGUGCUUCUCUGAAAGUCGUGGCUACCAGAAAUGGAAAGGCCCAGGGAAUGGGCCAGAAGCCAGACACGGCCCUCCUGUGGCCUCAGUACUCUGUCUCUGCUUGCAUCUUUGCUUUGGGCCUUGUGCUUCCUUUGCCAGCUGUUUUGAAUGUAGUUUUCCUUUUAUAUUUAUUUGCACAUUAAAGUAAAAAAUAAAACAUGGAUGAAAGGUCAGAUGUUCAUCAGUUGUUUUCCAUAAGUGAAUUUAGUGCCAUUGAAGCAGUUGCUUCUUCCAUGGUGCCUGGAUCUGCUCAGGAGGUAGGGCUGGGGCAGCCAGUGCACUUCAGCCAGAAGCUGCCCAAGGCAACAGAGGGGUCAGCUGGGAAAGAGGGUUGGAUUGGGAGUCAGGAAACUUGUACUCUGAUUCUAGCCCUUGUAGCUGUCUGGGCCUCAGAUUUCUGCUCUGUGAAAUUAAUUGGUUGGACUAGGUUUUCUCUUUAUUUCCUUUAGCUCUGACAGUCUGUGUUCUAGGUUCCUUUCCUGCUCAUAUCUUGGGAUAUGUUCCAUAUCCCAAGGCCCCUUUGAACUCUGACAACAGCUUCUAUGGCUCCUUCCUAGACUUGUAGUCUAUUUCCUUAGUUUCCUUCCAGUUCUAAUGUCCUUUGUCUUAUGAACUACUUUUAGGAAGGGAAAUCAGGAGUUUUACUGAAUCAAGGACAGUCCAACUUCAAUUUGGUGUUACCGAAGAUGGACUACACUAUUAUUUUUUCAGUGAUAUGUCAUUGAUUGUAUCGAUUAGAACUGACAAAUUUAUAUUUUUGUUUGUAACACCUAGAACUUAAUGUUACUUUCAAUCACAACAUCAAUACAAUUCAUCAAAUACCUUUGGAAAUUUGAUCUCUUUGGUUUUCUUGGCUAGAUAACAUUUGACUUAGGGCUGUGGGUUGGCCUUUUUUGAGGUAAGGUUAAGAUAUUAGAGGAGGCAAGAAGCAAUAGUUGCAAAUAAUUCUUUUUGGGGAUUGAGGAGAUUCAUCAUACCCUGUGAAAUCAAAAGCCUCUCACAUACCUUACAGUCUGUUCUUAGUCUUAGUUUGGGCAUUUGUGUCAGGUUCAGCCCUCUUAACCAUCCCCUUUCCCUUGAUACCUUUUCUUUCUACCCCAUGACACUUUCUCCUGACUGCUGCUUCUGAGGUUCCUGUGGCAGAUCUCUUCUUCCUGUUCCUAUUCCUUAAAUAAGUGCAUUUCUCAGAGUUCUUCUUUUGUCCUUUUCUUUUUUUCACUUUUUGGCAAUCUCAUUCAUUCUCAGGGCUUAAUAACUUCUGUACCAGGUCAUUCCUUUCUCCUCUCUUCAGGGUCAUCCAUCAGCAUCUUACCCUCAGCAUGUCCGGAACUGGACUUAUCUUCCCCAUAAAACACUCUUCCUCUUUCCUGACUUUUCUAUUUUUCUUGCGUGAGCCACCAACUUCCUAUUCCUCCAAGCUCUGAAUGUAACUCUACAGCUGAUGGUUUGCUAGGUCUUGCCUCUUGUUACUCUACUUACCCUAAUCCUAGUUCUGACCCUUAUAAUAUCUGGCCUGCACUAUUACAGUACAUUCUUAACAAUCUGACUUUCAUCCUUAAUCUCUUUUCCAGAAAUUAUCCUUAAAUGAUUAAGAAAUUUUCAAAAAUAAAUCUUAGCUUAAAGAUCAAAUAAAAAUAAGUAUCACAUAUAAAUCCAAACUAUAGUUUGUUAAAUUACAUAUAUAUGUAUAUACAUAUGUGUACAUACAUAUGUGUGUGUGUGUUGCCCAUGUAUCCCCUUGUGUUCUCUUUUUAGCUAUUCUAAUCUCUGGACUUAAAAACAUCCUGUUUUUUUCUCCUGAACAUAAUUUAUCUUCCUAACAGGCAGACUGAAUCCUGUCUCCCCCGCUUCAGAUAACAUCAGUGGCUCCCUACUGCUUACAAGUCUAAACCUCACCCUGGGAGCUAGACCCCUCCAGCAGACUCUUCCAUCUUCCUUUUCCAGCCUUAUCUCCCAUUAAUGAUGGAUCCUUUGCUCCAGCCAAAUGGGAAUUGUCUCUGUCACAUAUCCUUGCUUUCUUUUCUCUACCUUCCUUAUCCCUAAAAUUCCCCCAACUUUUGAAGGCCUCUCUUCAAGGUCUAGGUCAGACACCACCUCUAUAAAUCCUUCACUGCUACAUGCAGUUGGACAAGGUCCUUUCCUCAGAAUCUCUGUAGCACCAUGUUUAUACCUCAUUCACCUUUUAUUUUGUAUUAUAGUUGGGAGAAUGUGUUAUUCUACAGGACCUUGAGCUCCAUGAGGAACUACUGUCUGCUUUCUGUCCCUAGAGAUUACAUGGCCUUCUGUAUAGGCAAUUAAUGAAUAGUUGUUGAUCUUUUGAAACUUUAUCACCUACAGUGACAGGAUAAUAAGGAGGGAGAAAAGGGUGCUACACAAGCUUGAGCCAGAACUAAAGACACUUGGAUUUAGAGCCAGAAGGACCACUAAUGCCUCUUCUGCCCCUCAUGGAGAGGAAGGGAAGCUCCAUCCUAUAGAGGUCAGAUGACUGGCCUGAGAUCACACCCAGCAGAACCAUGAUUGAAACCCAAGUCCUCUAACUCUGUUCAGAGUCCUUUCCCCUACCCCAUACAUCCUCUACCUAUUUUCAAAGUCAUUUGAAGUCAGUAAGGUAAUCUUGCUAAAGGGAGAGAAGGGCAUUUCCCCUCAAUGGGGCCUGUCAUAUCUGAACAAGGGCCAAAAUCAGCUAGUCCAACCUGUACCUGAAAAAGAAUCUCUUCUUCCACAUCAACAAGUGGUCAUUCAGCCUUCAGCGACCUCCAGUGAGACACAGGCACCCCAUUCCAAUUUUGGGCAGCUCUGUUAGAAAUUUGUCAUUACAUUAAGCCUAAGCUGGGCUCUUUGUAAUUCAUCUUCAUCCAAAGCUGAGUUCUAGUUUCUCGCCUAUCCAGAAUAGAUAGAAUGUGAAACCCUGAAGGCUUACAGUCAUGUAGACCCCAUAAAAGCUGCCUAGAAAGGCAGCCCAUCCUCUACGUUGGUCCCUGGAGGAGAUAUCUGGACAAACAACUGUCCUCUGUCCAUUAAUGGGAAGGAGUAAGACAAGGCUGUCUGGGAACACAUUUGUACUUGUUUCUGAUGUAGAAAUGCCACGUUCUGAUGUAGAAAUGCAAGCAAGGGCUCAGGCUGGCCAAGUGCUUGGAGCCCCAGCACCUCUUGAAACAGCCGUCUUGGGCACGACCAGAUUUAUUAAUAGACCAGAUGACACUGGCUGUGCCCAACGUUUGCUAGGAGAGUAACGUUGGUCCAUUUAGAGCUACCUCAGACGGACAACUUGCAGUCAGUGCAAAGGACCGACCCAGGUCUUCACCACCAGACCAAAGUCAGCACUCUUCAUCCCUUAGUCCCCAUUGGGGGCCUGGCACCCUUGUGGCCUUGCUUGGUGUUCAGGGCUGGGAUUCAGUUGCAUGGGAGCUUUAUUGAAAUGUGGAAUGAGUCACAAAGCUUCUUUCCCUGAAGUCACCGAGUCCGGAUAGGACUCUUCUGUGGACAGGUCAGUCCAUGUUCCAUACACAUCUUGGGCAAAAGCAUUCCCAUCUUUGCGACCUGGUACCCGAGUUUUGCUAUCUAGUGCAGACCACAGGAGCAUGGCAAUUCCCCCUCUGAUUGUACAAAACCCAGUGCCCACUCCACCCCUGUCCUUAGCUGGACCCCAUAGGGUCCUUCUCUUACCGAGACACACCUGUAUCUAAUGCACGGCCCUCUUCUCAUCCAAGGACUUGCAUGCCAUGUCCAGUGCCUUCACCUGUCCUGUUGAUGGCCACUUUUCUUUUUUUUUUGUCUAGUUUCAAAACGUACUAUCCUUGUGUUCAGUUUGUAGGUGACAGUAUAACUUGUUCACUGAUUAGAUGAUAUUCCUCAAGAAGGACAGACCCUCAGAGCAACUGGGUGACUCCAUGAAUAGAAAACCAGGCCUAGCUGGGGAGACCCUAGGUUCAAAUCUGGCCUCAGACACUUCUAGCUGUAUGACCCUGGGCAAGUCAUUUAACUCCCGUUGCCACUCCCUUACUGCCCUUCUGCCUUGAAACAAAUUCACAGUAUUGAUUCUAACACAAAAAGUAAGGGUUAAAAAAAAAUGGACCUUAAGACUGGCCCCAAGUAAACUCUUAUCUACCCAUUCCCCUGCAUACAAGAUGGGAAGCAGCUCCUGAUAGCAAUGGUAGAUUUCUGGACGCUGUAGACCUAAGUAGUAUUGGUGGGGAAAGAAGAUAUGGACAUUGCUGCCCUUAUAGCCCUGGUGAAUCUCUGGUCAGUGGGGAAGUCCUCUAACCUGAAAGCUGAUAUCAAGUCACACCGUUGUCAUGAAAGGGUCAGCGUUAGGAAAUCCUAGAAGCUGAACAGUUGUUUCAUCUGACAUCUGUUGUCUUGAUGGUUUGCAGUACUGUGUGUGUGGAUUGCCUAAAACCAGCAUGUUGAUGGAAGAGUCUACCAGUUGUAGGUAACCUCCAGGGCUCUCCAGUGAAUUUCAUUGCUUUAUAGAGCGGUCUCUAGAUUAUCCAAAUGUGUCAUUUGGUUUGCCAGUCAAUGAUGCACACACAUCAACCACAGAAACUAACCACAGAGAAUAAUCCUAAAUUUUAUGUGACCAUCUCUUUAUAGUUUGUAGCCUCCUCUAACAAUGGCAGUCCAUCUAAUAUUUUUUCAUCCAACCUGUUAUUCUUGAUCAAUUUUAAUCCCAAACAAUAAGAUGCCCUGACUAGUUUUCACCUUAAAAUUUUAUGACCCACCAACUUCCUUUUAACUGUAUCAUAACCUUAAAGAAUGAUAAUUAAGAAAGUAAAAGUCUGAAAAAUUUAGUAAACCUUUAGAAAACAUAUUUGCUAAGCUAUCUUCCUGUAUGAAAGGAGGAUGUAAAUAUUUUUGAUUUAUUUUGUAAAGAGAAAAUUAAAUUCAUGUCCUCCACAUUUAAACUUUUUAAAACUAAAAUGUAUCCUAUACUAACCCCAGGCAUAAGAAAAAAAUAAAACCUAAAACUGUAAUACCAAAGUCAAUUUCCUAACUAUCAAAUUAAUUCAGUAGGAUUAAUGAAUUCACUAUUCAAAUACAUGCUCAAACGUCCAGUGCUUAGUAUAUUAGCUGGCACAUAGUAAGCAUUUGCUAUAAAUGCUUGCUGACUUAUUCUUUUUUUAUCCCCUCUUCAAUUUUAACCCUGGAAUUCCAAGAAGGCUUUUUUUUUUCUUCUCUCAGUGAAACUGUGAGCAUUUUCUUAACCUUUCAUGCAAUCCAAAGCUUUAUUGCAACUGUUAAAGAAAACCAUACUUUCUUCAAAUCAAAUGAACCUCUUUUAAAUUAAGGCAUACAUUUAUCUUUACACACAGGGAUACAGAAAUAUAGCAGCAAAUCACAAAGCCAAUUUUUCUAAGUCUAAAUCUACUCCAAUCUCCUAGUACCUGUGACAAAAGGGAAUUCACAUAUCAUUGGAAAGUAUUAUUCCUUCCUGGAAGUUCAUUUGGAAAAAAUGUCUCCUUGUAGAGUGGCACCCAGAUCAUUCUGCUGCCAAGGUUUAAAACCUUACAAUCUGGUCAUUACAAGGCUCCAGGGCAUUGUGAAAGAAUAACUCCUGUCUCAGGACACAUCCUGUACAUCCUCUUAACUUCUUUGCACAUCCAGUUCUGCUCCUUCCCUUGCUGCUGUUAAUCUUAUGUAGGCUUUGAGCAUUGAGAAAUGUUCUCUUUGGGCUGAGAUACCCCACACCUAGAACUGAUAAUUUACUAAGAAAAAUUCAUUACCUCUUACCUUGGGCAGUGCCAAAAUAACACACACACACACACACACACACACAUACACACACCCAACCAUCACCCCUACUCAUGCUUUCCCAAGGUCUUAAUGCUGCACUUGACUUGGCUCUCUCUUGUCCAAUCCAUAGGCUGUUGUCUCCUCCGUCCCUUUCUCUUUGGUCCCUUAGACCUAUCCCUUUGCCCCUUCUUCCAUUAGUGGUUUCCUUCUGAGAGACUUCCAGUUUGGGGUUGGGCCCAUCCUUCAUUCUCCUGGCUCGAAUUCUGGACUCCUUUGCCAAGACUCUAGUUGCCUUUUCAUCCUGGAACAUCAUUCCCUCAUGCCAGCCCCGUUCUCCCAGGGUUGGGGAUGGGACCAGGUUGGCCAUGCUUCUGAUUCUACUUUCCCACCAUGCCCCCAUCCAAGGGACCUUCUCCCCUCUCCUCUUCCAUUGUAAUGUUAGCUCUUUGAAGACAAGGACUCUCUUUUUGCUUAUAUUUCUAUUCCCAGCUCUUAGCACUGUCUUCACAUACACUUAACAGUACGUGUUUGCUGCCCACUUGCCUGUUCCCCACUGGGGAUUCCUCUUGUCUCACUGUUGACUCCCUCCAGGUAGACAUUCCGUUAGGUCUUCAUUUCCCAAGGAUCCUCCUGUCUGUCUGGUCUGGGCACCCUCCCAGCUCUUUUCCCUCUCUAGGUAAGGAGAUUCAAGUCAGUGGCAUGUUUUAUUAUCUUGAACUCUUAGAAUUGUAGACUUAGAACUAGAAAGAACCUCUACUGAAACGUAUAGUUUCUUCUUUAAUCUUGGUAUGUUUCCCAUGAUGUUCAGUGUGAGCCUCCUAACAGUAGCUGUUUAUUACUUGAUAAUGUAAAAUUUGCCCAGAAAUUCUCCUUUAACCUGGAUUCCUCUUUUUCCUUAGGUUUGCUAUAAGGUCUUAUUUUCCUGCUCAGUGUGGCUUACUGAUCUGUCUCAUUUCUAUUCCUCAGGGAAGCUGUGCUACAGUAGGAAAAGUACAGAUUCUGGAGUCAGAGGCCCUAGGUCCAGAUGCUGCUUCUGACACUUAUUACCUGUGUGACCAUUGGCAAGUCACUUACAUCUUCCUUGUCUUCAGUUUCCUCAUAGUUAAAAUGAGGGUGUUGGAGUAGAUGGCCUCUGAGGUCCCUUCCCUCUCUAGAUCAAUAAUAAUACCUGUGAUCCAAAUUAAACCCUUCUGCUUUUACUUGCUCAUCCCUUAACAACGUCUAGAAAUAUUCCAGGUUUACCCAGUAUUCUAACCAACCUGCAGUACACCUCACCUUCAUCAUUCCAGUUGUAAAGAUUGCAUCAUCUAGCUUACAUGUCUCUUAAUUCUUCUCUAUAUACUCAUACUUAAAAGCACAAUCUCCUCUUCCCUAGGAAAAGGAACUAUUUCACAAAUUAAUUUGCAGAGUAAAAUUGUGAUUUUUUUCCAUUUCUCCCAUCAGGAAUUUCAGUUCCUACUCUGGGAACAUUUUUGCUCUAAUUAAAGUGUUUUCUCAAGCAAAUCUCCAAAUGGUACCAUCAGCUCCCAGACAGUGAAAAUUGAAUCAACUUCCAUCCUGCUGGUUAUGCCAAGAUGUUUGUUCUUGAACUCACCUUCAGGAGUACCAGUGUUUCAUUCCUCACAGGCAUAUGGUACCACCAGAUGAAUUUUGCUGUUAAAAGAGUAGACUUUGGAUUCAGGAAGAAGCUUGAUGUUCUUAAAAGAACUGAGUCAUUUUUCAAAAGUAGUCUGUUCUGCUCUCUUGCUCAAUUCUGAGCCCAAUUCACUAUUUCACGUGCAGUAUCCAAGAUAAAUACCAACCGGCGUUACUCAACUACAAGUAUAGACAGGACAACAGACAGUCUCCAUCAACUUGUUUUUCCCUGUGUGGAUAAUUUAGGCAAACUCUUUUGAGUGAUUAUUCAUGCCAUUUCAGAUGUCCUGCAAUUUUUCAGGGUUUGAUGCACUCAGUACUAAGUUAUCCACAAAGAAAAGCCUUCAGUGUGAUCUCACUGUGGAUAUAGAAUACUUUGGUGAUAUGGUGACUCUGGACUGGAUCGUCUGUGUGACUAUCGUGAACACCUUUGUGAAGAAUGCGUUUCCCCUGGUGUAUGCCAAACAAGGUGAUCUUGUUUCCCUUUCAAGGAAGCUUGUAUCAUUUGAGCAUAUGAACGAGGUGAUUCCUUAUUGCAGGAGGACCUUUCUAACAUCAUUUUGCUUUAUUAAAAAAAGUGCUUUACUUUUUAUUGAUCAACAAGCAAGCCCACUGAGAAUUUGCAUUUUCUACGUGUGGAUUUGUUUUUGUUUUUGUUUUUUUUUGUCAGUGGUAUGAUGGUAAAGGUAUGCUAUUGCUAUGAAAGAAUAUUGCUUGUGAAAGCCUGUCCAUUUUCCAAUGCCUUCACUGAGAAUGCCCUUAUGAGUACAGUUUAUUCUCAUUUAAAUGGUACACAGAUUAGAUGUAGGGUUGGUAGUCAUUGAAAUUCUCUUGGUUUCCUUCGCGAGCACAUAUGUGAGAGUGUAUGUAUUUAAUAAGAAGAUCCAAAAAUUUUUUUCCAUGCCUUUGAUAUUUUCCCCCCUUUUAUACACCUUGAGAAUGAAUCCUGCAAUGUCCUCAAAAUUGCCUAAUGUCCAGCAUACAUCUCCUCUCUGUAUAUUUAGGGUCCAGUCCAGCUAUUCCCCCUAUCUUUGUCCUCUUUGGGGACAUUUCUACUUCAGCCAUAAGCACAUUUGGGAUUGUGAUAGCAGGGUCUAAAUGUAAUGGCUCUCCUGUCUCUAUUGGUGAAAAGAAUGUUAAGAAAAAUCCUCCCAGAGUUUUCUAGCCGUUGUAUGUUAAGCUUCCUCCAGUUUCAUCCUUAAAUACCCUUUGGAUGACUUGACUUAGUUGAUUCUCUCAUCAAACUUUCUUUAAACCAGUUUUUCCUCUCACCGCUUGUUGCUAUCUUUUGCUAUCCCUUUACAUAGGAUAUUACAAACAAAAAACCCAUAUUGUCUUUAACUGUCUCAUCUCUUACUCUGUUUGACAAAUGAGUUGUAUUUUGGCUGAUGAAAGUGGUUUGAGGAGCUCCUUCCAGCAUUUGAUUUAUGUUGGUUGACUUAAUGAAAUUGUCACUAGUAUUGAUAUCUUUUUCUCUAAUAAUUUAAAGAAUUUUUUUUUGCGUUGGUAACUUUUAAAGAUUGUUCAAGUGGGAGUUGCUUUAAAAUUACAAAGCAUGUUUAACAAGUCUUUUUCUCAUUUUUAUUCCUCUAGGUUUGUACUAAUUUCUGUCAAUGGUAUCACCAUCCUUCCAGUCAUGAAGAUUCACAGCCUUGUAGUCACAGUUGACUCCUCCCUCAUUCCACAUCCCUUUUGCCAAGUUUUUUAAAAUUCUGCCUUCACAUCUCUGGCCUGAGCUGCUAUGAUAGCUUCCCAGAUAUCCCCUUGCCAAUCCAUCUUCUACAUGGCUGCCAAAGUGAUAUUCUUAAAGCACAGGAGUGAAUAUGCUUCUCCCCUGCUCAGUAAACUCUAGUGGCUCCCUAGGACCUCCAGGUUCAAAUGCAAAUUCCUCUGUGUGACAUUUAAAGCCCUUCCCAGCCUAGAUUCAGCCAACCUUUUCCUCUUGGUGAAUUCCAUGGUCCAGCCAAACUGGCCUUCAUACUGUCCCUCCCAGCCUACGCUCUGUCUCCCAUCUCCAUGCCUUUGCACAAGCCGUCCUCCAUGCCUUGCAUGCACUCUCAUCUCACCUCUUCCUAUUGGAACUUUCAGUUUCUUUCAGAACCCAGCUCAAAUACUACCUCUGAUAUGAGGCCUUCUCUGAGUCCCCCCAGCUGCUAGCCCUCCCCUCUCACCCUCCCAACCAGUGAUCUUGUACUUAUUUUAUAUAUGAUUUGUAUAUCCUUAUUUUAUAUAUUCUUCUGUGCUGACGUAUUUUCUCCCCUGCAGAAUGUAAGCUCCUUCAGGAAGGGGACUGCUUCAGCUGUGUCUUUGUAUCUCCAGUGCCUUGCAUUUAGCAGGUACUUAAUAAAUGCCUGUUGGUUGAUUGCCUGGUCAA